CCGGGGAGGAGGAGGAGGAGGAGGACGAGGAGGAGCGGGCCCCGGUCCGGGAGGAGGAGGAGGACCGCCCGGGAGCCGCAGCGGUCCAGUUCGCCCAGCCAGGAUGUCGGGCCUGGUGCUGGGGCAGCGCGAUGAGGCUGGGGGCCACCGGCUCAGCCAGGAGGAGAUCCUGGGGAGCACUCGGCUGGUGAGCCAAGGGCUGGAGGCGCUGCACAGUGAACACCAAGCCGUGCUUCAGAGCCUGUCCCAGACCAUCGAGUGCCUGCAGCAAGGCGGCCAUGAGGAAGGGCUGGUGCACGAGAAGGCCCGGCAGCUGCGCCGCUCCAUGGAGAACAUCGAGCUGGGACUGAGCGAGGCCCAGGUGAUGCUGGCCUUAGCCAACCACCUGAGCACGGUGGAGUCGGAGAAGCAGAAGCUCCGGGCUCAGGUGCGGCGGCUGUGCCAGGAGAACCAGUGGCUGCGGGACGAGCUGGCGGGCACCCAGCAGAGACUCCAGCACAGUGAGCAGGCCGUGGCCCAGCUGGAGGAGGAGAAGAAGCACCUGCAGUUCCUGGGGCAGCUGCGACAGUAUGACGAGGACGGGCACUCGGCGGAAGAGAAGGAGGGUGAAGCCACCAAGGACUCCCUGGAUGACCUGUUCCCCAACGAGGAGGAGGAAGAUGCCAGCAAUGGCCUGUCCCGAGGCCAGGGCAGCCAGCCCAGCGGCUACGAGAUCCCGGCGAGGUUGCGGACCCUGCACAACCUGGUGAUCCAGUACGCGGCCCAGGGGCGCUACGAGGUGGCCGUGCCACUGUGCAAGCAGGCGCUGGAGGACCUGGAGCGCACGUCGGGCCGUGGCCACCCUGACGUGGCCACCAUGCUCAACAUCCUCGCUCUGGUGUAUCGGGAUCAGAAUAAGUAUAAGGAAGCUGCCCAUCUACUGAAUGAAGCACUCAGCAUCCGGGAGAGCACCCUGGGCCGGGACCACCCUGCUGUGGCCGCCACACUCAACAAUCUCGCCGUGCUCUAUGGCAAGAGGGGCAAGUACAGGGAGGCCGAGCCGCUGUGCCAGCGGGCGCUGGAGAUCAGGGAAAAGGUGCUGGGCGCCGACCACCCCGACGUGGCGAAGCAGCUGAACAACCUGGCCCUGCUGUGCCAGAACCAGGGCAAGUACGAGGCCGUGGAGCGCUACUACCAGAGGGCUCUGGCCAUCUACGAGGGCCAGCUGGGGCUGGACAACCCCAACGUAGCCCGCACGAAGAACAACCUGGCUUCCUGUUACCUGAAACAGGGCAAGUACGCUGAGGCCGAGAUGCUCUACAAAGAGAUCCUGACCCGAGCCCACGUGCAGGAGUUCGGAUCUGUGGAUGAUGACCACAAGCCCAUCUGGAUGCAUGCGGAGGAGCGGGAGGAAAUGAGCAAAGGCCGGCACCGAGAGGCUGGCACCCCCUAUGCCGAGUACGGAGGCUGGUACAAGGCCUGCAAAGUGAGCAGCCCCACGGUGAACACCACGCUGAGGAACCUGGGCGCUCUGUACCGGCGCCAGGGCAAGCUGGAGGCCGCCGAGACCCUGGAGGAGUGCGCCCUCCGCUCCCGGAAACAGGGCACUGACCCUAUCAGCCAGACCAAGGUGGCCGAGCUGCUCGGGGAGGGGGACGGUGCACGGGCUUCCCAGGAGGGCCCGGUGGGCAGCGUGAAAUUCGAGAGAGGGGAGGACGCCUCUGUGGCUGUGGAGUGGUCAGGGGAUGGCAGCGGGACCCUGCAGAGGAGCGGCUCUCUGGGCAGGAUCCGGGACGUGCUGCGCAGAAGCAGUGAGCUCCUGGUCAGGAAGCUCCAGGGAACCGAGCCGCGGCCCUCCAGCAGCAACAUGAAGCGGGCAGCCUCCCUGAACUAUCUGAACCAGCCCAACGCAGCACCCCUGCAGGUCUCCCGAGGCCUCAGUGCCAGCACCAUGGACCUCUCGAGCAGCUGACACUGAACUCUGAUGGGUGGGGGCCCCCCACAGCCCUCACAGCACCCCUGCUCUGCGCCUCCAGCCCCGAGACAGCCAUGAUUGAGCCCUGACCACUGCUGCCCCCGGAGGAGGGGGGGCUCUCUUCAGGAAUUUCCCCUAGAAAGGACCUUCAGGGUAUUCUCCCCACCCUGUGGUCCUCGAGAGCAGCCCCCUGGGAAUCGCAGGUGGAAACUGUGUCAAGUGGGGAGGCUAUGAUGAAGUGAGACUGGGGGGCACCCCCAGCAGGGUGGGGGGGGGGCAGGGGACAGGCCUGAGGUGGGACCCGGGUGGAGAAACACUGCUGGAGAGCAGCUGUGAGGCCCAGGGCGGGCAAGAAGCAGCUUUGCACACCCCGAGAAGCAGCGAGAAGCAGCGGGGUCUGCGCCUUGGAGGCAGAGGGCAGGGGCCUCCCCGGGCCGCUCUCCCGCAGCCUCACCUCAGGUCCGCAUAUUUCACUUUUCUUAAAUAAAAGAAUCAGGUAACCAGUC